UUUAAGUUCGUUAUAAUAUCUAAGUAUAUUUAUUACAAUAUUAUUAUUACUAGUUUUAUUCCUUUUUAAAAGAGUUUUAUUUUAUUUGCUAUAUAAAAUUAGAGAAUUAUGUUAGAAUUUAUUAAAGUAUUAAUUGUUUUUUUAAUUAAUUUAACAAUAUGUUUAACAAUUUAUGCUGUAGCAUAUAAAAUAAAUCCAUAUUGCCAAAAAUCUAUAACAACUGCUGGUGGUACAGCAAUACCAAAUAAAAGAGGUUACUGUUCUGGAGAACUAAUUUUUGAGGAAAAUUUUGAUAGAUUAAAUCUAAACAUAUGGCAACACCAAAUAACAUUGAAUCGAGAAUUUCAGUGGUAUACUAAUAAUAGAUCUAAUACAUAUAGUAAAAAUGGAAAAUUACAUAUAAGACCAACACUAACAGCAGAUAUUUACGGAGAAGAAUUUUUGAGUUCUGGAACUGUUGACCUUCGACCUGACUGUACAGAUUGGGCGAAUGACGGUUGUUUAAGAACCGGAAAUACCAAAAAUAUUAUAAAUCCUGUGCAAAGUGGCCGAAUACGGACAAUAAAUUCAUUUUACUAUAAAUAUGGUAGAAUUGAAGUGAGUGCUAAAAUGCCAGCUGGUGAUUGGUUAUUCCCAGCUGUCUGGUUAAUGCCAAAAGAAAAUUUAUAUGGUGGUUGGCCAAUGUCUGGUGAAAUUGAUUUAGUUGAAUCACGAGGCAAUAGAAUUUUUAAAGUGGGUGGCAAAAAUAUUGGAACGAAUCAAGUUGGAAUAACUUUACAUUUUGGACCAGACAGAUCACAUGAUGCUUGGAGAACAUCACAUUUUGAACAAAAUUUACCAUAUGGUCAGGGUUAUGAUCAAAAGUUUCAUAAAUAUGAAAUGAUAUGGACUCCGGAUUAUAUUCAAUUUAAACUUGAUGAUAAAGAGAUUGGUUUAGUUGAAACUUCUGAUGGUUUUUACAAGAGAGGAAAAUUCCCAAAUGGAACAGUUAACAUUUGGGAAAAUGGAGAAAAAAAUGCGCCAUUCGAUAGAGAAUUUUAUGUAAUUAUCAAUUUGGCAAUCGGUGGCACUAGCUUCUUCUCCGAUUCUGGGAGCAAUCCAGGUGGUAAACCGUGGAAAAAUAAAUCACCAUAUGCAAUUACUGAAUUUUGGAAUGGUCGUAAUCAAUGGUUACCCACUUGGGAUCUAUAUAAUAAUAAAAAUGAGAAUCCCGAAUUGCAAGUUGAUUACGUUAGAGUUUACGCACUAUGAAAAUUUUAAAAUGUUGUUAAAGAUCAUUUAAGAUCGACUUGUUUUUAUUUUUAUAAAUAUUUAGUUUCAUUGGCAUCUUAAAAAGCUUUCCAACGUCUAGUUGUUAAUAAAAUCCAAUAAUAUUAAAAAAAAGUUGAUUAAUUA